UAAUUAGAUACUUCUUAAAUACAUCUUGCGAAAGAAAUAAAAUAAAAUAAAAAAUGUCUAUGCUCAAGAAACUCAAGGAGACUCAAAAGAACUCUGUGUUCUUGGAUGAUGAUGACUUUGACAUUGACAACAUGGACUUUCCUCUUCCUACCGAUCAGAAUGACCCCAUGGGCGGCCUCCAGGACCUUAUGAAAAAGAUGUCUGCCGGUGGUGAGAACAGACCUCAAGCAAGUUCUAGCAAGUCCAACACCAACAUCUCAGUCGCUACCACACCUCAGGGUGUAAAGACCAUGGAUCCUUCAGAAUACAAAGACUGGGUGUGUGUCUACCCUGUCUAUAUUGAUGCUGACAAGUCUGUGACCGAAGGACGCAAGAUUUCAAAGUCCAAGGCUGUCAAGAACCCCCAUGCUUACCACAUGGCCCUGGCUGUACAGAGCAUGGGCCUCUCGGUUGUUUAUGAGGGCAAGAAACAUCCUCGCGACUGGGCAAAUCCUGGCCGUGUUCGUGUUCAACUCAAGAACAAGAACAACUUUUUCAUGAACCCCAAUUGUACCACCCGUAAACAAUUGUUCAAGACUAUUGCAGAUCGUUUGCCUACUAUCCAAAAGGAAAGCAAAUUGCCUGGAAAUAUCCUGUCGCCCUUGGCUACCCUAGCUCAGGUAGAGGCUAUUGCUGAUGAACAUCGCAAGGCUCAAGGUUUACCAACCCUGGCCGAAAUGAAUGCCAGCAAUGCUGCAAUGAUGCCACCUCCAGAUUUACCCGGACCUUCUACUCCAACCAAGCAAAAGAAGCAAAAGGUCAAGUAUGUUCGCGGUUAAAAAAAAAAAAGCAAGAGUUCUUUUUAGAGACUAUUUCUACCUCUACCUCUAUCUAUUUAGCUUUUAUAUAUCUGUAUAACACAUACAUACAUACAUACGUACGUACAUACAUACGUACGUACAUUGCCGUGUAGGCUUAUUCUUUUCGGAGGAAAAGAAGAAACAACCAAAAAAGAAUCCUUUUUUUUAUGCAAACACGAUAUUGUAGCAUGUACAUGUAUCAAUGUAUUAGUAUAUAUAUAUAUUUCUCUCAAAUAAAAUAAAAUAAAAUAAAAUAAAGCACACACUAUUAAAUAUACAUAUAU